GGGCACUAGCGUCAUGCUUGUUAAGUUUGUAUUGUUUGCGAUUAUGCAUUUACUCUUCGUGUCAUCAUUAUCAAGUCGACGAUAAACGCGUGCAAGAAGAAAAACAGAUUUUUUUCCGGAGUACAUCGUAAACUUCUUUUAUUGGUAGAUUCGGUACGGUUAGAGGGUCAUACAAUGCCGAUAAGAGCGUGGCUCCGAGUUUAUCAACAAUUUUGUAAUUCUUUCUUUACCGAUCCGAAUAGUGUAAACACAUACAUAUAGUAUAGAUAUAUAUAUAUAUAUGUACAGACAUAAUGAUAUGAGCUUAUUUCAAAAUAUCUAAAAACCGUUUCACAUAACAUCUUUGUACAUACAAGCAAACUUCUAUCAAGAAGCCGCAUUAUUCCAGUUGACGCGAUCACCGUGAAUCGGUUUCAACUAGUGAAUUCCUCUUGAAUCCCUCGAAAACGGAGACCUUUACGCUACCACUAAAUCAGCAUCGACCAAGGUGUGAUGCUGAUGUUAAGAUUAAUCGAGGCUGGACGUGAAUCACGUCAUCUAUUGACUGCUGCAACUCGUGUAGUCAUCCAUAACGCAAGAUGUAUAAGUAAUCUUAAGGGUAAAAUAAUAGCCAUAAGACGGGAGGAUCAGUCAGUAUGGGAAAGGAGAGCCCCAUUAGCUCCAUCAAAUGUUCGCCGUCUCGUCAGAUCGGGUGUGAAAGUGAUCGUGCAGCCCAGCAACCGAAGGGCUUAUCCUGCCCAAGCUUAUCAGGCGGCAGGCGCUCUUCUGCAAGAGGACAUCAGCUCAGCCUCCGUUAUCUUCGGCGUCAAGCAAGUGCCCGUAGAUCAGUUGAUACCUAAUAAGACAUACUGCCUUUUUUCGCAUACCAUCAAAGCCCAAGAAAGUAAUAUGCUCCUCCUGGAUGCAAUCCUGGAGAAGAAUAUACGUUUAUUAGAUUAUGAGAAACUCACGGAUGCCAAUGGCCAAAGGGUAGUGGCUUUCGGCAAAUAUGCUGGAGUCGCCGGUAUGGUGAACAUACUUCAUGGUUUGGGUUUGAGACUGUUAGCCUUGGGUCAUCAUACUCCGUUUAUGCAUAUUGGACCAGCGCAUAAUUAUCGGGAUUCAGCUAUGGCACGCCAAGCAAUCCGCGGUGCAGGAUAUGAAAUCGCGUUGGGAGCCAUGCCAAAGUCGAUCGGUCCGUUGACCUUUGUUUUCACGGGUAGCGGCAACGUUAGCCAGGGUGGCCAAGAGGUUUUUCAAGAGCUACCUCACGAAUACGUACCGCCGGAAAUGUUGCGGAAAGUCGCCGAGCACGGUGAUACGACAAAGAUAUACGGCUGCGAGGUGCGGCGCAGGCAUCACCUGGAAAGAAAGGAGGGCGGUGGCUUCGACCCCGAGGAAUACGAUCAGCAUCCGGAAUUAUAUAUUUCUACUUUUAGCAAAAAGAUAGCGCCGUAUGCUUCGGUGAUCAUUAACGGCAUAUACUGGGCAGUAGACUCGCCGAAACUAUUAACGAUACCGGACGCUAAAUAUCUACUCAGGCCCGCAAAUACACCAUGGCUGCCGAUAAGUGUCGGUGCACCCGCCUUGCCGCACAGAAUGCUUGGAAUCUGCGACAUAUCCGCGGAUCCGGGCGGUAGCAUCGAAUUCAUGAACGAGUGCACAACGAUCGAUACGCCGUUCUGUCUAUACGAUGCAGAUCGUAAUAAGGACACGAAGUCCUUUAAAGGUCCUGGCGUGCUAGUUUGCUCGAUUGACAAUAUGCCCACGCAACUACCAAAAGAAGCGACAGAUUUCUUCGGCAAUCUUUUAUAUCCGUAUGCUUUAGACAUCAUACAAUCGGACGCGAAAAAACCUUUAGAUGAGCACAAUUUUAGCCCUGCCGUGCAUGGCGCCAUUAUCGCAUCCAAUGGAAAAUUGACACCCAAUUUCGAAUAUAUCCAAGAACUUAGACAGCUCAAUCAACGUAUCAAACACAAAGCCGAUAAUGGAGAACAGCAAAGCAAAACGGUGGUCGUUUUAGGCGCAGGAUACGUUUCCGCACCCUUAGUUGAAUACUUACAUAGAGAUACGAAUGUAAAGCUGAUAGUGGCAUCACAAUUGAAGGACGAGGCCGAUGCGUUAGCUAAUCGGUUCUCAGGUGUGGAACCAGUUUUCUUGAACGUCCUGGAUCGCCCCGAUACUUUGCACGACGUAAUAAAAUCGGCAAAUGUAGUCGUUUCUCUUUUGCCUUAUUCAUUACAUCACGUCAUUGCCAAAGCUUGCAUAGAGACAAAGACUCAUCUAGUGACAGCAAGUUAUAUGAAUGACAAUGUAAAGGCAUUGCAUGAAGAGGCUCAAGAAGCGGGCGUCACUGUGCUAAAUGAAGUAGGAUUGGAUCCGGGUAUUGAUCAUCUUUUGGCAAUCGAAUGUUUCGAUGAUGUAAGACAAGCAGGUGGCAAGAUAGAAUCUUUCGUCUCAUGGUGCGGUGGUUUGCCCGCGCCGGAGUGUUCUUAUAAUCCCCUGAGAUAUAAAUUUAGUUGGUCUCCACGAGGCGCGCUACUAAACACUUUAGCACCAGCAAAAUAUCUUCAUGAGGGUCAGGAAGUAGAAAUUGCGGGAGGUGGCGAUUUAAUGUCCGCCGUACAGGAUUUGGACUUCCUUCCGGGUUUUGCCCUGGAAGGUUUCCCCAAUCGUGACAGCUCGGUGUACAGGGAUUAUUACGGUUUACACAAUGCAAGUACUGUGCUGCGUGGUACUCUCCGAUUCAAGGGAUUCUCGGAUACCAUACUGGGUCUGCAGUUACUGGGUUUGAUCGAUCCCAAUCCGCAUCCGAUUUUGCACCCGAAUGGACCGGACAUCACUUGGCGAGUGUUGGCAUGCAACUUGCUCGGCCUAGCGAACGACAACAUCUUCUAUGGAAAUUUGAAGCAGAAAUUGGCGGAAAGAGUAAAUUCGUGGGAACGUGUGAAAGCUAUCGAAGCUCUAGGUCUUUUAGAAGAGGAUUUGGUCUUGAAAUUGAAUACCCCUCUCGACACGCUUACGCAUUACUUGUCUAAGAAACUCUGUUAUGAGAAAAAUGAGCGUGACCUUGUGAUAUUGAGGCAUGACGUUGGCAUACUCUGGCCAGAUAACAGAAGAGAAUCCAAAGGAAUUAACUUGGUACUUUAUGGAGAGUCUUCUGGACAUUCCGCAAUGGCGCGUACCGUCGGUUAUCCCGCAGCUAUUGCCGCUAAGAUGAUUCUGGAUGGUGAAAUUCAGCAACGUGGAAUGGUAUUGCCUUUUACUCCCGACAUAUGUCGACCUAUUCUUAAUAGACUGAGAGCUGAAGGUGUACAGUCCUUUGAGACUUCUAAAUGGCUCUGAUUCAUUCAUCGUAAACUGCCAUAAUUUUUGUACAACUGUACGUAUGUAUGCCCUUUGCACUACAAAAAUUGAAAGUCAAUAUAUUUUAUUUAAAUGCGUAAAGUAUGAGAUUUUGUAAAUUUUGUAACGAUUUUAUACUUUUAACAAAUAUGUAACAUAAGCUAUUAUACGUAUAAACAUAGUAUUAGAAAUUAUUCUAAUAAAAAAUACGAGAAUAUAUCACUUUUCCUUUUCUAUUGUACCUAUAUUUCUAUGAUUUACAUUAAUGAAUUUUUACAUCUAAAAUUUUUUUUUCGCAUUAAUAUGUAUGUGAUAGAAAAGCAGAGAAAACGGGAUUUUUAAUUUGAUAUAUUUAACAUUUAUUGAUAUUACCACCCCAAUGUGAAAAAUCACUAACAAUACAAUGAUAUUUCACUUAUUGCAAUCUCUUUUUGUUUCGAUAAUUCUAAUCGCCUUAAGAUAUAAUUAGAAUGAUAACACAGGAACACCACUCUCUCACCUCUACUCGUUACGAAUUGAAAACGAAUCGAUUUCACGCGCCGGAACAAUCGGAAAGACCAUCGAAUUGCACCGGUAAAAUAAUUAACUUGUAGCCGUGAUUUGCACGUAGUGCGUCUGUCACACGACUAAUUGAUUUGUGUGACAAAUCCGAUAACGCUUCGCAAGAAUUAGAUAAAUCUAGCAACAGUGACUGGCACUAUUCACUGCUGUUUUAAACGCCAAAUUUGUGCUAGUUAAAUAAGAAUAUGUAUAAUAAAUUAUACUUUUAAUCAAUUCAUGGCUUUCAUAAUUAUCUUUACGCAGAUAAUGAUGCUAUACAUAUACGUAAUUGAAGCAUUCUGGUACAAUAACUCAAUUUAUUAUUUAAAAGCAGUAAAUACUUUAAAUUACGUUGGUAUUUAAUUUUGGGUCUUGUGCGUGAUGUAAUUUGAUGUUUUUGCUCCUCGUUUCUAAAACUAAAAUUAAAAGUAAAAUGUUAUAAAUAUCCUCGAAUUUUGUAUGAUGCUAUAAAAUCUAUUACUAUCACAAUAGUGAUUACAGUAAUUUCUAAUCGGUCUUUGUUUUGCAAAUUAUUGUAUGUGAUGUGAUCAUAACUUUCGUAAAUAAAUUUCUAAUAAUCUCUAA